AUGGUAGACUGUAACCGCCUGACUAAAACCAAACGACCUGGGCGACAACAUGCUAAUGUGGGCGAGAAGCUUGAUGCUCAACAUGCUAAGGUUGUGUUUGGGGAAGUCUUUGAGAAUGGAUCAAACAAACCAGAGGUUGUGGCCCGGACCACAAAAAUGUCUUCAAAUGUCUCUGUAGAAGAUAGAGCGGUCUAUCAAGCAGAUUCUGCAGGCCUACCAGAUGCCAAUCUCAGGAAUGCUUGGAACCACAUGGGCCACACACUCUUCUGUGGUGAAGACCAGAUGAAGUUCCAAGCAGUGGGCCCAGAAGCAUUGCAUUUUGCACUGGAUCAAGGAAAUGAGUCUCCACUGCCUUUGUCUCAAGUACCCAAAGUCUGUGGCUACUACAUGCAUAGGAAUGCCCUUAUACUGGUAUUAAUUGUUCCAUAUGGUGGCUGUCAUAUGUUGCAACAGGGUGGAAGUUAUGUGCUGCCAAUGCGUUGGCAUGACUACCCAGUCUCUCUGUGGUGUCCCAAACAUAGUCCUGAUCACUCUGCCCCUCAGAAACCAAGGUAUUCUGCAUACCCCAAGUUACCUUAUGCAUCGCCGCUGCCUCAUCCACCUCAUUUGUCUUACCUGCCCCCGCCACCAAACCAACAUCUGCGAUUCCCAUACCAGUCUCACAUGCCUAUUCAGCCCCCAAUGCUGCGCCAGCCUUAUGUGCCCAAACUACCGCCAGUGGCUACCCAGCCUCCAGUGCUGCAGCAGCCUCCGGUGCCUAUCCUGCCUCCGGUGCUGCAGCAGCCUCCGGUGCCUAUCCUGCCUCCGGUGCUGCAGCAGCCUCCGGUGCCUAUCCUGCCUCCGGUGCUGCAGCAGCCUCCGGUGCCUAUCCUGCCUCCGGUGCCUAUCCUGCCUCCGGUGCCUAUCCUGCCUCCGGUGCCUAUCCUGCCUCCGGUGCUGCAGCAGCAUCCGGUGCCUAUCCUGCCUCCGGUGCCUAUCCUGCCUCCAGUGCUGCAGCAGCAUCCGGUGCCUAUCCUGCCUCCAGUGCUGCAGCAGCAUCCGGUGCCUAUCCUGCCUCCAGUGCUGCAGCUGCCUCCGGUGCCACGUCAGCCUUAUGUGCCCAAGCUGCCUCCGGUGCCACGUCAGCCUUAUGUGCCCAAGCUGCCUCCGGUGCCACGUCAGCCUUAUGUGCCCAAGCUGCCUCCGGUGCCACGUCAGCCUUAUGUACCACAGUUGCGGUCACUGCCACAUUUGCCCAGCCUUCCAACUCUGCCGUGUGUGCCCUUGCAUGGCUCUGAUUCAAAAGCUCCUUGCCCCUACAAAAGCCAGAACCCAUCAGCUUCACAUCCCAACGUCUACCUACCUUACUACUUUACACAAUAUUCACCUUAUUUUCAUCAAUCUUCAGCCACAGAACUGAAGCAGCCACCUGUCAAGAAUCCCAAAGUCCCUUCUAGUCAACAAUACCAGCACUACUUCCACCCCAUACCUUACUUUUCUCCUCACUUCUACCAGCCAAGAAUGCUUGACCAGAUUGAAGACGUUAUCAAUGGAGAGGUAGUGAGUGAGGCCACGGGGAAGGAUGUAACUGCAGGAAGGAUUUUCUUUAACGGGGCAGAGUUUGACUCUGCGUUUGAAUCAGCCUCUGUUUCUGACACAGGAGACGACGGCGGCAUCCUGGAUGUUGAUUUGUAUCAGUCAAAUGGAGCUGGGGAGGUGGAGUGGAAGUCAAACCUGGAUCAGGCAGCUGUUGAAGCAGCCUGGAGGAGUCUGCAGCCAUCACUUCACUGUGGUGCAGACAGGAUGAAGCUGACUGCUGCAGCACCUGGAGCUGCUCACCUGCAAUGGGACAUGGGUAAUGCUCGAUAUCUGCUUCUGGCCCAGGUGCCUCCGCACUGCAGAUAUUCACUCCAGCAGAAUGGAAUGGUACUUGUUUUGGUUGUUCCCUUUAAUGGCUGCAGUGUGUUCCAAGAGAAUGGGAAGUAUGUGUUGCCAAUGACUUGGUUGCAGACACCAGUAAAACUCACCUGCCCCAUAUUGAGUUCUGGAAAAUCACCUUCAAUGUCACAGUCUCAGAAGCCCGAGAAACUACCAUCUCUUCAGAGCACUUCUCACCAGCAGUAUUUGAACAGCCCCAGAAGUGUACACAGCCUGUACGAUCCCUAUCGAUAUUAUCAUUACUACAUGUCUCUGUUGGCGCCAAAGCCAAGUCCUCCACAAAAGCAGCCUACAGUGACUCACACUCAGGAACAACAUGUGCAUCCUUAUAACUGGUACAACUAUUACCCUCAGGUCCCAGUGUCCAAUUCGAGGCCAUCCAGUGGAUCUCCUUCAGCCUCAUUCAGCAAGCCGCAUCUCCCAUAUCAUCCUUAUCUUCCACUGCCCCCACAAGGACCUACUGCUGAUUAUGAGGCUUAUUAUAACCAAAUCUUCCAACCAUCGCAUGGGAGGCCUCCUCACAGCCAAAAUCCCAAACCAGUGGGACUGUAUCCACCACCCGAUGUUGCUCAUUCUGGCAGUGAACCAGACAAGCAGUGUCUCAGUUCAGGAACAUCCACCUCCCAAAGCCCAGCAAGUCCCUUUAUCCAAUACCAUCGUGAUUCCUUCAUCCCACAUGUUGUUCAAAGUGGGAGUAGCAGACUGCCAGAUGGACGGGAGUUUUUGCCUCCAGUUGGCUACACAUCUGGAUUUCUAUCAGAGAAACGGCCUGAUCUAGGCAUAGACAACUGGCAAUCCUUGUCUUGGUUUCGCCACUUGACAAGCAAAGACCAUGACUAG